AUGGGUUCCAACAACGCACAAAACGGCGGAAUUGCGUCUCUUACCUAUAUCCCGUUAUCAUACAAUCAAGCUGACUCCCAAGCCUCUGCUCUGAGGCUUGUGUUGACAGUAAACCCGGACUGGGAACACUCGGAUGGCAAUAUUGAAUUUAUCAGAUUUACGGAUGGGAUAACCAAUACCCUAUUGAAAAUCAUUAAAAGAGCACCAGGCCUGUCAGAUGAACAAAUCGACAACGAGGCAAUCUUGAUGAGAGCUUACGGAAACCACACAGAAAUAAUAAUAGACCGUGAUAGAGAAACUAGAUCCCAUGCCUUACUUGCUGCGCGAGGUCUGGCCCCUCCUCUCCUUGCUAGAUUUAAAAAUGGACUGCUAUACCGUUUUAUUCGUGGGAGGGUAACUUCUCCAAAUGACCUCGUCCAGCCUUGUGUGUUCAGGGCUAUUGCACGGCGACUCGCGCAGUGGCACGCAGUCCUGCCAGUUGAUGAAACAGCGCCAGCGACUUUGAACCAAGAUAACCCAGAAGAGUCAGGUUCUUUAGAUGUGCCUACAAACGUAUCGAAAUUGCCUGCUCAAGUGGACGAUAUAAUACCUGUUAAAACCCAACAUGAAGGAACCAGUAUCUGGACCGUUCUGCAGAAAUGGAUCAUAGCCUUACCUGUGACUACAGAGCAGGAGCGUGUUCGCCGGACAAAGCUCCAUAAGGAAUUUGAAAGAAUAGUUGCUGAAUUUGAUGACGGAGAAGGACUUGGCAAGGGAGGGUUUGUAUUUGCUCACUGUGACCUAUUGAGUGCAAAUGUCAUCGUCCUACCGAAUCCCGCCAAAUCGACCCUUGAAGAUGCCAAUGGAGACGAAACCGUGAGUUUUAUCGACUAUGAAUAUGCAACACCGUCGCCCGCGGCAUUCGACAUCGCAAACCAUUUCGCAGAAUGGGCCGGAUACGACUGUGAUUUCAAUAGGAUACCAACGCGUUCUGUACGAAGGGAAUUCCUGACUGAAUAUGUUAAGAGCUACCACGAACAUUCGAACUUGCCUAAAGUCAAUCAAGAAGAGGUCGUUGAGAAACUCUUCAACGAUGUUGAUCGAUUCCGCGGAAUUCCUGGAUUCUAUUGGGGUGUCUGGGCAUUGAUUCAAGCGACGAUCUCACAAAUCGAUUUCGACUAUGCUUCUUAUGCAGAGUUGCGCCUGGGCGAAUAUUGGGCUUGGCGUCAUGAGGUUGAAGGAACCCGAGCCCUAGCAGGAGGAGAAAUGCCCCUGCGAGAGCAACGAUGGGCACAAGAGGCAUAG